AUGUUCAAGAUCUACUUCUUGAUUGGAGUAGGGUUCUGGCUGGCACGCAAGAACAUCUUAUCAGUGGAUACCACGAAGAAUAUCAGCAGUAUAGCCAUCAUGGUGACAAUGCCUGCGCUGCUGUUCAACAAGAUCGUUACCAACAUCGACAACUCCGACAUCGCCCAGAUCGGUACCAUAGCGUUUUUGGGGAUAUUCAACAUGCUGGGAGGCGGUUUGCUGUGUUUUUUAGCCGGCCUGGUCACCGGAUGCCCCAAACGGUGGUAUGGAGGCCUCAUCAGUGUGGGGAUGUUCCCCAACAUCUCUGACUUGCCGAUAGCCUAUCUGCAAAGUUUGGAGGCGUCUGGGAUUGUUCACGAUGUUGACCGCGGCGUGGCGUUCAAUUGCAUCUACACGGUGAUUCAGGUGACAGGCCAAUUCAAUUGUGGCCUCUACAAGUUGAUCGAGUGGGAUUUUAGAGACGCACUUAAAAAUGCGGGCGACAAAAAACCGCGCGACGAGGAACAGACGGUGUCGACGUCUGAAUCUCCGCAUUCUAGCCAGCAUACUGAUUGUUCCAACUCACUGACCAGCAUCAGCUCGUCAGCCGACGAGAACGACACAGACGAGAAUCGGCCGCACUCUUUGAGGGAGAAACGAACCGGUCGCCAAGGUUCACGGUCUACGGCGCAAAGGAGCCUUGACCUUGGGCGAACAGUGAGCGCGUGUUCCGGCACCUCUCUUAGGGAGAUGCCUACAGAAAACAUGGCCGACAUGGUGCGACAGUACUCUCGUUUCGACGACCUCGCGACCGGAUCUGUGAAGGUCAACGACCCGGCGGAUCUGCAGGUUGCUCCAAAACCGAAGCCCUCUGAAUCAAAAAGCGUGUGGCUGCUAGCGAAAUCUUUCAUUUUGGUGCUUGUGGAUAGCUUUCGAAAGCCCAUCUCGCUGACGAUCGUCAUUAGUCUAAUAAUCUGCAUGAUUCCAUGGGUGAAAGCCCUUUUCGUUACGACCAAUCAAGCUCAUAUUAGUCCUGCGCCCGACAAGUUGCCCCCGCUUUCCUUCAUAAUGGACAUCUCAUCCUACAUCGGCGCAGCACAGGUGCCUUUCGGGCUGCUUGUUCUGGGUGCUACCAUUGGCAGGCUGGAAAUUAAAGAUAUUCCGCUGUCGCGGUGGACAACUCCAGUGGCAGUCACUGCUGUGCGUCUUGUGCUGCUCCCCGUUGUGGGAUGUGCGAUUGACUCCAAAGUCGACAAAGACGGACUCUUCUAUAAUGAACCGAUUCUCCACUUUGUGUCGAACGUUGUUUUUUGCAUGCCUCCGGCUACAUCCAACAUUUACCUGACUGCAUUUUACACUCCUCCUGAUUACGUGGACCACAUCCAGGUCGACUGCCUGGCAUUGUCGUACAUUUGUCACUACGCUGCGCUUAUUGUUUGCCUUCCGUUCACUGCAGCAUACACUCUUAAGGUUCCGCUCAAAUACUAG